AUUGUUAAUUCCUUGAAGACAUGCUUAUUCUCAUUCUUUUUCCUUAAAUCCUUUGUUAUUAUAGUUCUCUGAUUUUUGGGUGAAACUUAGUUCCUUUAGAUUGUAGCUGUAGUUUCUCCAAUUGUAUUAGUGUUUAACUGAGAGUAAUUCUUCUAUAAUUUUUGAGAUGUUCCAGCCUUUUGACUUAAUAAAAUAUCUACUCCUCUCAAGAUAAUUCUGGAAACUUUCCUUUCCCAUUCAAUCGAUCACUAAUUCCUUCAAUUCCAAUUCCUUUUCAAUGCCGCCUAAGGAAGAGAAGGUUCCAAUCGACGUCGUCGAACUCGAUUGUAAAGACGGCGAUGGUGUUCCCGUUGCUGGAAUGACAAAACUGGACAUGCCUCACGGGAUUACGAUUUUCUAUUACGAGUUUCAACGGCUAUGGCGUUCCUGUCCUUUGUGUUGCCAGAAAUGUAGCCUGCAAUAUCAGAGGUGGUUAUUUCAAAGAUUUUGAUGGAGGCCUAUUACAGUGUAUAUCUGAAGUUACAUAUGAAGAUGACAUUAAGAAAGUUCCUUCUCCUCCUAACGUUAGCAACUAUUUGAUUUCAGAGGACGAACCUUCAGCUGUAAACGGGAAUAAAGAUUCACUUUGAUUUGAUGGAAUGGCUGAUAAUGAGGUCGAAACAAGACUAAAGAUGCUGUAGUGUAAUCGAUUUGAUCGAAUGGCUGAUAAUGAGAUCGAAAGGAGACUAAAGGUAGGAUAUUCAAUUCAUAUAGGUGGGCUGAUGCGAUUGGACGUGGAAGAACUAUCUGUUGAUUCUAUGUAUGUUACAGUUUGGGCAUCUCCGCUGAUUCCAUUUCAUAUGGGGAUGAUAGAGAACGUCAGCUCAAUGCUGGAAGAUCAUUUUGGGCGUCAGCUGCAGCUAUCUUGCAGUGUGAAGCCACUGAAACUGCUCAAGUUACGAGUUAUCAACUCUGUCAAGCUGAUGUUGUUCAUACGUGCAUGCAAACAACCACCAGUUUUUUGUGUUGUUACGGAGUAUCUGUCAGAGGGUUGUUUGAGAGCAUACCUCCACAAGCUUGAGCAUAAGUCCCUAGCCCUGGAAAAAUUGAUGGCACUUGCCAUGGAUAUUGCUCGUGGAGUAGAAUAUAUUCAUUCGCAGGGCAUUAUUCAUCGGGACCUCAAACCAGAGAAUAUUCUUAUCAAUGAGGAUUUUCACCUGAAAAUUGCUGACUUUGGAAUUGCUUGUGAGGAGGCAUUCUGUGAUCUCCUGGCUGAUGACCCAAGCACUUACCGUUGGAUGGUACCAGAGACGAUCAAGAGAAAAUCAUACGGCAGAAAAGUUGACGUAUAUGGCUUUGGACUCAUUCUAUGGGAAAUGGUGGCUGGAACCAUUCCUUAUGAAGAUAUGACAUCAGUACAGGCUGCUUUUGCUGUUGUAAACAAGACUGAAUUGUUGCUUCAAACCCAAUUAACGCGUGAAACAGCAGCCUUGUCUCCAAGUUUACAGCGUGAUUUCAAACGCGUGCUUGAACUCGCACCUCGGCUUCUGGAAGAAUUGAUGAAGGGAGGAAUUUGUCUUCUUGCAUUCAGAUGGCUAUUAUUCCACGUCCUUAUCGGCAUUAAAGUUGCAAUGUUGAUUUACAGAAGCUGAUUGGUUGACAUUGGACUUACUUGGCAACUCAUAUAUCUGUCUGCCAACAGGUUGUAUGAAUAAAUAUUGUCAAUCCUUUUAGAGCUAAAUAUUCUCAAUUUGUGUUUCAUAAUUAUUAAAAAUUUCUGAUUUAAUCCAUACGAAUACAUCACAUUCUUUCGAAUACAUCACAUUUUUUCGGAUA